GCUAAAUAUUUAGUUAGAAAGCAAAUUAAUUAGUUUGAUGCUAAAUAUUUAAGUAACAGCUGUAUAAUUAUGUUUCUAAUGUUAGAAUUAACUUGUAUCAAUAUAUUUUAAAUAUUAAAUCAGUUACUCAAUAUUUUAGUCUUUACACCAAAUACAUUUUUACUCCUACUUGAGGCGUUUCUUGGAUGGCUACUUUUUAUUUUUAUUAAUACAUAAAAAUUUACUCGCGUGUAAUUGUAAAUAAUUAUGUUACCCUCUGGCAUAACAUUUUAUGCGGUUAUUUAAACAGCUUGAUUAGCUAAAUUUAAUUUCGUAUAAUUAUUUAUUAAAGUAGAUUAAUUUGUGUCAGUUUCCCAAUCCAGUUUUAUUUUAGUCUGUAUUUAUUUAACUUAUUGAGUUUUUGGGGAAAUAGUGACAGAGUGACACAUCGCUACAUCCUGCUAGCCUCAACCGUUAGUACCCGGCACGUUGUCUCACAGGCAUGACGAACUAUUUCAGGUCUGCAUUUAAAAAAAAAAACAACAUUUUAAUUUAAAUAAGUAUUAUACUCCUUAAAUUGGGUAGUUUUGUGUUUCUUUGUUACUUAUCUACUAUAACUUAAGAGUUGAAUUCUCCUGACAGUCUCAGUGCGGGGCUAACAGAACACAUCUCAAUGGUUGGUAACAAUAAAACCAGUCCGCCGUCAACUUCCGCCGGGUCCACCUGCCUGGAAUGUGAAUGUAUCCGUCCCAAUGAAGGUGAGGGAGGGUCCUGUCUGCUCUGUGGUUACCUGAAACACCUGGACCUCUGAGGUGUUUACACACACACACACACACAGCUUUACGGCCGCCUCCAGCCCCAGAGAGGUGAAAUCCCAGCCGAUACAAGUUCCGCUUAAGGAUGAAGGGGCUCACGGUUCUCUCUCUGCUCCUGUGGCUGUGCGCGGCCUACUUCGUGGGUAUCUACCUCUUCGUGGGUGGCUUCCUGCUGGUGAGGCUGGAGGUGAACCGGACCAGCGCCUGCGGGGACGUCCUGCAGCCCGGCGCGGAGUCGGCGGACUUCUGCCAGGGUCCCCCCCGGUUCCGCAGGGUCGUCGUCCUCAUCAUCGACGCCCUGAAGAUCGACUUCGCCCGGUUUGACCCCACCAAGACCUCGCCGCGACCUUAUGAGAACAAGCUGCCCGUGCUGGAGGAGACGGUGUCGGCCCGGCCCGCGCAGAGCCGGCUGUACCCGUUCAGAGCCGACCCUCCCACCACCACCAUGCAGAGGAUCAAGGGCUUCACCACGGGCUCCCUGCCGACCUUUGUGGACGUUGGCAAUAACUUUGCCUCCAGCGCCAUCUUGGAGGACAACCUUAUCCACCAGCUGGGGCAGAUGGGUAAACGGGUCGUGUUUAUGGGCGACGAUACCUGGGAAAACCUCUUCCCUAAAAAGUUCUACCGCUCUCUGCCGUUCCCGUCCUUUAACGUCAAAGACCUGCACACGGUGGACAACGGCAUCCUGCAGCACCUCUACACCACCAUGGUGGGGGACGACUGGGACGUGCUGGUGGCCCACUUCCUGGGAGUGGAUCACUGCGGCCACCGGUUCGGACCCGACCACCCGGCCAUGGCCGACAAGCUCACCCAGAUGGACGGCGUCAUCAGGUCGGUGAUGGAGCGCCUGCAGGACGACACCCUGCUGGUGGUGAUGGGCGACCACGGCAUGACCGACACCGGAGACCACGGAGGGGAAAGCCAGAAGGAGACGGACGCCGCGCUCUUCCUCUACAGCCCGUCCGCCAUCUUCCCUGGACCUCCGACUGAGGAUGAGCCGGAUGUCGUCCCACAGACUGAUCUGGUUCCCACUCUGGCGCUGUUACUGGGAAUCCCGAUCCCGUUCAGCAGCGUGGGUCAGGUCCUCCUGCCUCUCUUCCCCCCACAGGAGCAAAAUCAGGGUGCAGUUAGGCGCCUCAGCCAGCUGGAGGCGCUGUGGAUCAACACAAAACAGGUCCACCGUUUCCUGCAGACCUACUCGUCUCUGUCCAGUGACAUUCCUCCAGAGAGUCUCUCUGAGUUGAAACUCCUUUUCUCCCGUCUCUCCUCUGAUUACCUCGGCUCGGUCGGCGCCGGCCUGCCGCCGUCGCCUCACCUGUCCUCGUCCCUGCAGGCCUACCUGACCUCCGUCAGGGACACCUGUCGAGCCACGUGGGCCAGAUUCAACCCGGCCAAGAUGGCGGCCGGUCUGGCCGUCCUCACGUUCGCCUGCUUGGCGUGUUUCGUGAUGUCGGAGCUCUCCGCCGUUCUGACAGAGGAGAAGCGUUUGGGACUGAAGGCUCCAGUUGCCGCAGCGAUAACCAUUGGGGUUAUCGCUGCGGCUGCUGUUCAGCUGGUUGCCCGCGGUUACGUGGAGGCAGUGUGGUGUCUGGCGGCCGGCGCCUUCGCCUCGGAGGCGCUCUUCCUGUGGAGGGCUUGGCGCCUGAACCGGCCGGCCGUUUUAAAGAACGGAGCCAAAGUGUCGAAGCUGUCGGCGCGCCGCCUGCUGGCGCCGUCCCUCGCCGUGCCGCUGCUCCGCUGCGCCUCGCUGCUCUCCGACAGCUACGUCAUCUACGAAGGCCGGGUCGUGACCUUUCUCCUGCUCUCUCUGGCGCUCUACGUUCCCGUGCGCCUCAACUGGGACGGCCAUCUUGUCCCUCUGACCCCUGACCCCCUGAAGUCGGCGGGGCUGCUGCCCUCGCCGGCGUUGACCCUGGCCGCCGUGAGGAAGGAGAGCGGCUCUCUGAUUGGCUGCCUGGGCGGCCUGGUGCUGUGCGCCUGCGUCUCGCUGUCGUUCCACGGCUGCAGGGAGGAGCAGGGCGGCUGCACGCCGUCGCCGUUCCUCUCCCCGCUGUCCCGCCUCCAGGACAGCCAGCUGAAGAACCUCUACUACAUCCUGUCCGUCGUCUCGCUGGGCGUCUCCGCCUACCUGCUGCGGCUCUGGCUGUGUCACUACGGCAACCUGAACUCGUCUGGCGGGACGGCGUUCGCCGCGCGCUGGGUCCUGCCGCUGCUGUGCGUCUGCGCCGGCCUCCAUUGGGCCGUCAGUGCCACGCGGGAGGACGGCUUCAGGAAGCUGGCGGAGCUGAUCCGCGUGGCGCAGCUCGCCCUGCCCAGAGCCGCCUUCGCCCUGCUGGGCCUCGGACUCUGCCUGAUCUGGGCCGACCCGCUCACCGUGUUCCUGAAGACCCGAGCCGCCGCGUCGGCCAGAAGCCCCGCCCUCCCGCCGCGCUACCGAGCCAGCACCGGCAUCAGCCCGCAAGCCGAGCUGCGCCACCUGAUCCCGCAGAUCUACCAGCACAUGCGGCGCUCGCUGGAGGACGGGGAGACGGGCGGCGGCGGCGAGGAGGACGGGCGUCCCGCCGUGGAGGCGUACGGCCUGGGGACGGUGUACUCCGCCCCGCUGCUGCUGCUCUGCGGCCUGCUGGGCGUCGGGCUGCUGCUGCUGCACCCGGAGGGCAUGGCGCUGGCCUUCCUGCUGCUGCUGCUGGAGAUGGCGGCGCUGCUGCACAUCCACGCCGCCGCCGCCAACCUCCGCAGGUCACCUGCAGCCAAAACAGGAGUUUUCAGCGUCGCCUGGACUCCAGUGGUUCUCUGGUCACUGGCCGCCUCCCAGUUCUUCCACUCCACUGGUCACCUGCCCACCUUCCCUUCCAUCCAGUGGGGCGCCGCCUUUGUGGGGUUUCCAGAUGGACACAGUGGCACCGUUCUGCCCGCCUGCCUGGUCACCCUCAACACGUUUGCCUCACACAUUUUAUUCGCAGUGGGUUGUCCUCUGCUGCUGUUCUGGCCUCUGGUGCGGGAGGUCAGGGGCAGCAGGGGGGUGAAAGGUCACGGCGAAGAAGGCGAAGACGCCGUGAUGGAAAUGCGGCUGAGAGAGAAACCGCAGCAGUUCAGCGCCGCCCUGCUGCAGCUGUCAACGCGAUACCUCUUCAUUCUGGGAGCUCAGGUGUUUUCUUCAGUCUGUGCUGCUGCUAUUCUCAGGAGACACCUAAUGGUGUGGAAAGUCUUUGCACCCAAGCUGCUGUUUGAGGCGUCUGGCUUCGUGGUGAGCUGCUGCUUCCUGUUGAUUGGAGUCACCUUGGUGCUCAGGGUCGACGUCGCUGUGGGUCGCUGGUUUAAAAGACUCAUCCCUGACGCCUCCAGGACCAGAUUGUUGGGCUUUUCCUACAAGCUGCCUCACUAAAGGCGAAGUCCUCCCAGCUUGAGCUGGCCGUUAAUGAAUGUUAGUUCUGUUUUGGACGAAUCUACGGAAGAAAAACUGCUUCAAAACUCAUGGUGCCAACUCUGGGCUCACUCAGUUCUGGUCACAGGAUCACUUCCAACCCAGCACAGAAAGGAAUGUCAUUACUUUGAACUUUUAAUCAUGGAUCUGAUCAUUCAGCCUUAUGGAAGACUGAUCAUGCCAAAGCUGGAAAUAGAUACAUAAUUAAAUAAAUGGUUUUAUAAGUUCAUUAAACUGCCUAACAUUGUCUCCAAAAAAUACAAAUUGUCCAAACUUAUUUGAUUGCAAUGUGGCAUAAAUUAUUGCUAUUAUUAAUUUUACAAUUUACUUCCAAUGGGUUUCCUUUUUUUGCAUAAUUUUUUCAUAUGCUGUAUUUAUUGGGUAUUUUAAAAUGUUUAUUUUACCAACAUCCUCUAAUAAUUCCUCUUUGCAUUUUCUCCCUUUUUGUUUUACAAUAUUUGGCACUUUAAUUACUUUAUUUGCAUAUUUUCGAUUUUGGCAGGAUUAGUCCUCCAUAUAUGCGUGCAAAAGCACAAAUUAAUGGUGGUAAAUUAACAUUAAAUAAAUUUUUUGCACCAGAAGUUGUAUUUGUGUGUUUUUUCCUCCCAGAAUGUGAACCUGUAACCUGAACUGACUGAGUUAAACCUCCGGCCAUUAAAACACAUUUUUAUCGUCUGCUGAAGGGAUUUCUUAUUGGUUUUUUAUUAUAUUUACUAUUUUUCAGAACUAAUAACCAGCCAGUCUGACCUGAAUGUUUGUAAAUUAAUAAUUAUUUUUUACAUUUUUUUUGGUUCUAAUGUAAUUUCGUUUGCAGGAAUCGUUCAGUCGGUUUGUUUCUGUUGAUCGGGUUCAAGCUCAGGUUGAUGACAUCACUACAGGGGAUGUUUCUGAUUGGUUGUGAGACGACGGGACAUUUUUGUUAUUUAUAAAUCUGAUUGUGUUCGAUAUGAAUAUCUGGUUAACGGGUGAUGAUUUUACAUAGUGUAAAAACUAAUAAAGCUUUUCUACAUCUUU